AUGUCACCCGUUCGAAGUCCUCUGCAGCCGAACAUUAGUAAAAAUAACGAGGUAUAUAGUAUAUCGUCCGCUAGCAAGGUGAAAGAUGAAGUCUGUAACCAGAGAAGAAGUUCAAACAAGAAAGUACAAGCACAAAAAAGUUUGAAAGUCGAUUUAAGGAGGCAACUUCAAUUAGAUCAAGCAAGUCACUUAUUCAGGAAUGGGUUCCAACUUCUGAUUUGUAAUAGGAAUUUUUCUAGUUACCGGUUUACAAUACGGAAUAUUCUGGGCAAAAAGGAAGUAAAAUUCACGGUAUAUGUUCCCAACGACUAUCCUGGUGCCUCCUUAAGGUUGAGUGAAUAUCCUGAAGUUGAAGAACGUGAAUACUCUGUACAACUUCGCACGUUAAUAUUUAACUUCAAUUGGAAAUGCAAACAAUGGAAUAAGGAAGAGAUUCCUAUUGCCUCCCAGCUUAACUAUUUGGUCUCGGAAUGGAAAAGAUUGCUCUUCACGGACUUUCUUAAGACUGAAGUUUUACGACAGAAUUUUUACAACAGUAUAACCAAAUAA